GCCACCUCCCCAAACACCUUUUUUAACUUGCCCACAUACUGCCUCGCCGACUUUGUGAGUUCUGAUAUCUGACCCGAGGGGUGAGGAGACUGGAGGUAGGGUAGGAGGGAGGAGAGGAGGGUGCCGAAUGUGUGGAUGUAGGUGUUUACGACGCGCCAGUCUAGUUCUUGGGGUGUAUUGUCGCGCAUGGUUUGGAGUAGACUACCAUCACGCAACACUGGUAGCGGCUUCUUCCCCUCUUGUCCUUUCAAUAUCUCUCUUUCCCAUACUAGAGCUUCUAAGAUGAUUGCCAUGGGCGCAAGCAGCGACAUGGGGGCGAGCGUAGCAGAUGAUGGAGAGGGAGGUGGCGGAUCGGGCGUACGAGACGCUGGGGUGAGCGAUUGGAGCGUGGUGAGGAGUUUGACCAGCGCUUUAUCUCUCGGCGAUGCCAAUGGUAUCCCUUCAGCAGGGACUGGAAGCGCGAUAGACCGCUUGAUGUCCAUUCGAGCUGCCAACUGUGGGUUUUGCUGAGGGUCGGAUGACGUUCGCGUGUGGCUUUUGGACGAAUGCCUCGGCGGGAGAUGGUCCUGCAAGGAAGCUAUCCGCCGUACGCCCUGCUUUCCUCGUACUGCAUCAGGGGGAGCAGCAGCAUUCGCGUGGCCCGAACCGACUCCAGCACCGAUACUACGACCUCGAGUGACCUGGCCUGGUUGUAACCCCUGCCAGACUUGUCCGACAGCCAUCUGGGCUGGUUGCUUGUUGCGGAGCUGCCCAGGCGAGAGCGGUUUCGGUACACUAGAGGGCGGGGUGGGCGACAGUCGAGGCCGGCCCAUGAGGUCUGUAUGGUUCAUCGUCCCGCCUGCAGGAGGAAGCGAUGGGAAGAGAGAGUCAUCGAGAUAGAAGGAUAGCGAGGGGAUGGGAGCAGGAUUUGGCAUGAUGGUGGGUCAGCGAGAGAUAAGCUGCUGGGUCAGCGAUAUAUAACGAGCUGUCUCCUUUGUCAGCCAUAUCAAAGCAUGCCUUUG